CUUUCAAGCCACGACCUCGAAAAGCUUCUCAAAAACAAUUUCCUCAACGAUGGCAACUCUCGAGGAACAAAAACUGGACCUCCACUUCAAGGAAGAUCUGAGCGCCAUAUUUUCGCUCUCCUUCCUGUACGGACCCGAAGUCCGCGCAGCGAUCAAACCGUGGACCGCCGUCUUCUACGCGAUGGGCUCGAACUUGCUGGACAAGCAGAUGCGCAACCGGUACACGGCCUACCUGCUGAUGCAGCUCGAGGUCAACCGGGGCGUGCUGACGCGCCCUUUUGACGGCGCUCCGCCCGAGCACAUCUCCGAACCGUUGGCGAAAGUUGUCGACGCUGAAGAGUACAUUCGCUUUUUUGAAAAGUGCGAAAAGUUUUACCUGUCCAAGAAGCACCACGUUGGGGGCGGGGACGAACCGUUCCAGGAGCACCGGAUGAGUCCGGCGGAGUUCCUGUACCGGCUGCCGCCGAUCUCGGACGGGCUGAUUGCGUACGGGGCGUGCUUCAGCAAGGUGGAGUGAUGGUGGUUAAUGAACUCUUUGGAAUGUUUUGAUAUGAUUUGU